GCAGGCAGGGGGGAGGUGGCGUCGGUGGUGAUCGCUCCGAGUCGUUUUCUCCCUCCUCCCCCUUUCCCCCCACCCACCUGCUCACCCUCUUUCCUUCCUUCCUCCCCUUCCCCCCUCCCACACCUCGCCCUCCCGGUGGCUGAGGCGGAGCGGAGCGAGGGGGCCGCUCCCUGCUCCGGGUGGCGGCGCACCAUGAGUGUUGGCGGGGGGCGGGUGUGCGACCUGUCCCGCAGGAACCCCCAGGAGGACUUCGAGCUCAUCCAGCGCAUCGGCAGCGGCACCUACGGCGACGUCUACAAGGCUCGGAAUGUUAACACAAGUGAACUGGCAGCAAUUAAAGUAAUAAAAUUAGAACCAGGUGAAGAUUUUGCUGUUGUUCAGCAGGAAAUCAUUAUGAUGAAAGACUGUAAGCAUCCCAACAUUGUUGCUUACUUUGGCAGCUAUCUCAGACGUGACAAACUGUGGAUUUGUAUGGAGUUCUGUGGCGGUGGUUCAUUGCAAGACAUUUACCAUGUGACUGGACCUCUCUCAGAACAGCAGAUUGCUUAUGUGAGCAGAGAAACACUACAGGGAUUAUAUUAUCUUCAUAGUAAAGGAAAAAUGCACAGAGACAUAAAGGGUGCAAAUAUUCUUCUAACUGAUAACGGCCAUGUGAAAUUAGCUGAUUUUGGAGUAGCGGCACAAAUAACAGCUACAAUUGCCAAAAGGAAAUCUUUCAUUGGAACACCAUAUUGGAUGGCCCCUGAAGUUGCUGCAGUUGAAAGGAAAGGUGGAUAUAAUCAGCUCUGUGACCUUUGGGCUGUUGGAAUAACUGCUAUAGAACUAGCAGAACUUCAGCCUCCUAUGUUUGACUUGCAUCCAAUGAGAGCACUCUUUUUAAUGACGAAAAGCAAUUUUCAACCUCCCAAGCUAAAGGACAAGAUGAAAUGGUCAAAUAGCUUUCAUCAUUUUGUGAAAAUGGCACUCACAAAGAAUCCUAAAAAAAGACCUACAGCUGAAAAACUAUUACAGCACCCCUUUGUUACCCAACCAUUAAACCGGACCCUUGCUAUUGAACUAUUGGAUAAAAUGAAUAAUCCUGAUCAUUCCACCUAUCAUGAUUUUGAUGAUGAUGAUCCAGAGCCUCUUCUUGUGCCUCAUAGAAUUCAAUCAACAAGUAGAAAUGUGAGAGAAGAAAAAACACGCUCCGAAAUAAACUUUGGCCAAGUAAAAUUUGAUCCACCUUUAAGAAAAGAGACAGAGCCUCAUCAUGAGUAUCCCGACAGUAACGAUUUUUUGGACAGUUCAGAAGAAAUAUACUACACUGCAAGAUCUAAUCUGGAUUUGCAGCUAGAAUAUGCUCAAGGUCCCCAAGGCAGUUACUUCUUGGGUACAAAUAAGAGCCUUCUAAAAUCAGUUGAAGAAGAACUGCAUCAGCGGGGACAUGUGGCACAUCUAGAAGAUGAGGAAGAAGUGGACAGUGACGAUUCUAAACAGACAGUAUUGGAGUUUGGAAAAAGACAAUCGAGGAGAGAAAAUGUGAUUCCCCAGCAAUAUGUAGGGAGUCAAGUCAAUACCUUAAACCCAAAUGCUGGCUCAACUAUGAAGGCAAAAGUGCCACCUCCUUUACCGCCAAAGCCUAAAUCCAUCUACGUACCACAGGAGAUGCAUUCUUCUGAGGAUGAUAAUCAAGGAACCAUAAAAAGAUGCCCGGUGUCAGAAAGUCCUGCCAAAUCAAGCCCUCAGGUCCCUCCUAGACCACCUCCUCCUCGGUUGCCUCCACAGAAAUCUAGUGCUCUAGGCAAUGGAUGGAAUUCUGUACAACUAAAUGGUGACAGAGAGGGAUCUCCUCAUCAAGAGCCAAGUGAGAAGAGACACACUAAUCUCUCUAGGAAAGACAAGAAGGAAAUACUGAAACCAAUUAGUAAUGGUCUCCCUCCCACGCCACAAGUGCAUAUGGGCGCUUGCUUUUCAAAAGUUUUCAAUGGAUGUCCUUUAAAGAUUCAUUGUGCAACUUCGUGGAUAAAUCCUGAUACAAGAGACCAGUACUUGAUAUUUGGUGCUGAGGAGGGUAUUUACACCUUAAACCUUAAUGAGCUCCAUGAAACCUCAAUGGAACAGCUAUUUCCCCGACGAUGCACAUGGCUGUAUGUAAUGAACAAUUGCUUAUUAUCAAUAUCUGGUAAAGCCUCUCAGCUUUAUUCCCACAUUUUGCCAGGAUUGUUUGAUUACGCACGGCAAAUGCAAAAGUUACCUGUUUCUAUACCAGCACACAAACUUCCCGACAGAAUACUUCCCAGGAAGUUUGCAGUUUCUGCAAAAAUCCCAGACACCAAAUGGUGUCAGAAGUGUUGUGUGGUGAGGAAUCCUUACUCGGGACACAAAUACCUUUGUGGGGCUCUACAGACUAGCAUUGUUCUCUUAGAGUGGGUUGAACCAAUGCAGAAAUUCAUGUUAAUCAAGCACAUAGAUUUUCCUGUACCUUGUCCACUGAGGUUGUUUGAAAUGCUGGUAGUACCUGAACAGGAAUUCCCUUUAGUUUGUGUUGGUGUAACUAAAGGGAGAGACUUCAAUCAGGUGGUGAAGUUUGAAACUCUCAACCCAAAUUCUACCUCUUCAUGGUUUACAGAAACAGAUACUACACAGACAAAUGUUGUUCAUGUAACCCAAUUGGAGAGAGAUACCAUUUUGGUCUGCUUGGAUUGCUGUAUAAAAAUAGUCAAUUUGCAAGGCAGAUUAAAAUCUAGCCGAAAACUGUCUUCAGAACUCACCUUUGAUUUCCAGAUUGAAUCAAUAGUUUGCUUGCAAGAUAGUGUUUUGGCUUUCUGGAAGCAUGGAAUGCAAGGCAGGAGUUUUCGGUCAAAUGAGAUCACACAGGAAAUUUCGGACAAUACGAGAAUAUUCAGACUCCUUGGAUCUGACAGAGUUGUGGUACUGGAGAGUAGGCCAACAGAUAACCCUACUGCCAACAGUAACUUAUACAUCCUAGCAGGACAUGAAAACAGUUACUGAGAGGCAACAUGCAUGGCAAUUUAAUCCUGAAAAGAAAACACUACUUCUUCAGCAGUUACAGAUGGCUGAAAUUGCACAAAAACUGCAAUACCCCAACUUCAGUUGCUUUGUAAUUUAUUGUGGUGUACGAGAGAGAGAGAGUGAAAGGGAGAACGUUUGUCUGAAUGAUAUGGACAUGGUUAGCACAUUUAUACCACAAAAGUGCUUGAUUCACCUUUAUGUAAUCUUUGUACAUAUAUGCAGUAUUUUUCAGUGAAAUGUAUUGCUGAAGGCCUCCUUUGAUUUUAUGUAGAUAGUGGUCAAAAUGUCUUACCUGUACAGAUGUGUAAAGAUUGCUGAGGACAUUUGGGGUACUAUUUUAAGGACUGUUCAAAAAUUGGAUGCUAGCGAUAAACACAGUGCAUUUAAAUAACACUAUUGUAUUUUAUUAUGUAAUUUACUAAUACAAAUAAAUCUUACCUUUUAGACAUUGUAACCAAGGCUGUAAUCCUAUUACAAUCUUGUUUUUAAUUUUAUGCAAGUACACUGGUGUUUUGGUUGCACAAAGUAUUCAUAUGUGAUGUAUUUAGUCACAAAAGUAAGCUGUGACUUUGUGGAUAUGAUUUGGGCGUUAUAAUUUUAGUUUAUUUGGGUAGUUUUCUUUGUGAAACCAGCCAAUUGAACACCUGUAUUUUUAUAUUUAAGGAAAAUUCUCUUAAUUAUUUUCUGUGCUUGGAAAAAAAACGUAUUUUGGAAUGGGAAUAAAUCCCAAAUAGUGGUACCUAGGUAUAAUUAUAAAUAUAUGAAAUGAUAAAAUAAGGAUUAUUCUGAGUUUGUGUUAACCAGUGCCACACAUAUCAUGCAAAAAAUAAAUGCUGUGUUCCACAUUGUGGAAGUGGUUGAAAUAUUUGGGGUUGGAUCAAAAUAACUAUGUGCAAAAGGCUGCUGCACACAAUUAGCGCCCUGUGCAGUACUUUCCUGAUAUCCAUUAACACUUGCAUUAAGAUAAAGGUAUGCAUUUUCCCCUUAUUACGUGGAUAAUAGACUUAACGGGACAGAUUGAGUAGUAUCCACAAUGAAUUCCCAUUGUGCUCAUUUGGAUCGGAAAUCCUCUCCCAUUUCUCAUAGGAUAUCUGUAUAUCGUGGGAUUCCAUACUGGUUUCAUGUGUGCAGAAAGCAGAGCAGUUGUUCUACUCUGGGUUUCCUUCGGUGGUGGGAUCUCAAAGACCAGGGGGAUCCUUGGAGUUCCUCAGAGGCUUUCUCGUUGAGAAGAUCAGUAGCAGAAAGUGUCCCUGAAAGACUGUGUGCUCAUCCCUGCAGGUUUUCCCCUACCAUGAGCAGUCACAGAGAACAUGGGGUGGGCUCUCAGUUCAUGAAUGGUGACACUAAGGCCCAACAAGCAUGGCCAGCAGCCCCUGGGAACAGAGUAUGUACACCCUAUACAAUAGCGAAGAAUCCUCUGCAACAUGCAAGGGAUUCCUUAGCAGACAAGUUUUUCUGAAGGCAAGAAAUCAGCUGCCAUACGGGGAUACAUAAACAGGACAGCUGUUCUGCCUAUAGACAAGAGUUGCCAGAUGGAAUAAUUAUCUCAAUUCGGCCUGUUUUGGGGGGUUGCUUUAAAAAAAAAAAUGUUUGGCCUUACUCUUUUAACAUUGUUCCUCUUAAUGUCUUAACACCUGGCCAAAAUGAUUUAGUUACUACCUCACACAAGCAAUUUAAAUGGUUAUUAAACAUCACAGGAAUUUUAGUUUUGAGAAACUAUUUUUGAUUGUUUUCCAGGGCAGUAUGUAAAUGCCAAGUUUUAGAAAAAUGCACAUAUUGGCUUUUUUUUAUAUAUGUUCUUUAUACUGUGAUAUAAACUAAGAACAAACUACAUUAAAAGUGAUUUAUGGUCUGUAUCAAUGUUGUUGGUAAUGCAUUUGAUUAUUUCUUAAUGUAUAUAAUGUAAAAUAAACUUUUUUUAACAUGUUUGUUGUACAUGUGGAUACAAUCUGCACUCAUUUUCUGAUUAAAUUAAACUGCUGAUUGGGGAAAA